GGCUUCAUCUCUCCUCAUCGUCACUUUCCCCUUCUGACCUGCGCAUUCUCGUGAAGAGACUGGUUUCUCUCAUCCUUAUUCUGGUCUGUGAAGUCUCACUUGUGCAUACUGGGUCUACAAUCCCCCGAGACAAGAAUCACUCCGGCCCUAGAGUCGUUUGUCUAGGACCCCUUCUUACAAACGCCCUCAGCACUUGUUUGGACACGUCGUCAUCAACUUCAACAGUUUAUCACCGGAACUUCCCCUGACUGAUUGCCUUCAUUAUCUACCGUGUGCAAAUCUAUCUUUACCAUCUUUACAAUAUCUUUACGUGAAGACCAACCCGACGAUAUCCAAGCCUAGAAACCUACUAUACUUGCGCGCCCUAUACUCCUCCGCUCUAGCGCCUAUCGAAAGAUGGCUUCUAGCUCUGUUGCUUCAGACGCUGCCAAUCCUCCUGCCGAUCAGUCAAGCAUCUCGCAGGAUCUCGUAUUGCAUGUGCUCUGUCCGUCCCUACCACCGCCCAACCGCUUCACCUUCAAUGAUCUUACUCCGUCCACAACCGUUGCUGGCCUGAAGGCCCGGAUAUCGCAAUCGCUGCCCGGUCAGCCCUCAUCGGAGACUCAGCGGCUCAUUUACCGCGGCAAACCUCUCGCGAGUGACAGUAUACCCCUGGGAAACAUGUUGGACCUGGAAAAUGGCUCCGAACAUUCUAUGCAUCUCGUUCUUCCUCCGGCGCCCUCACCAGCUGCCAAUGACACAGCAGCUUUGCCUUCAGCAACUCCUCCUCAACAACCCUCAAAUACUCCGUCCUCUCUGUUUGCCAGCGGAUCUGCGCCACCGAACAAUGCGCAAGCUACAUCAUCGACGUUGAGGUUCCGGGGCCCGGGAACCCCCAUGCCAAGUCAUGAGGAAGCGCACCAGGCUGUGCGACAGAGCCUCGAAACAAUCCGCCGACAGCUAGAACUGCAAGGUCAAAGGAUAUCCGCGCUACCUGAGCGUCAGGGAGCCACUGUAACAACAUCUGUACACCACAGUUUCGGAACAACCGUGAGAAACCAGUCGCCGUUCCUCGCCAUGCCGAACGCAUCAUCUGCCAACUUGGACAAUGCUAGACUGCGUCUGCUGCAGCUCCAGCCUCAGGUCACUUAUUUUGAAGACCAACUUAGCCGCGGGAUCGCACCUCCGAUCGACCAAAUCAUUCAAUUGCGGACGCAAUUACUCCAACUUCUCGACGAGCAGUAUCGCAAACCUCAAUCGGAACGAGAUAGUUCCAUCGAGCCCCUACUCAGCCGCGUCUUCAACAUCUACACCCGAGCAGACCAGCUGCGCGUGAUGCAGGCGACGUUGCCGUCGUCACUACAACCCAACCCCACCAACAUCUCCGCGGGCGUUGAGUCUUCUCGCGUCACUCGUUAUCUUUUAUCAUCGCCGGAUGGAUACCAAGGGAUCAUCACAUCCCCAGGGUCACCACAAAGCCUCCAGGCCACAAUUGAUGCUAUCCGCGCCACGCAAGCUUCUCAUGCAGCUUUUACACCUAAUCACGGACACCACCAUCCCGCAGAGGCACACCCCAACCCCAACGCUGUUGUCAUGGAAAACGCCGUCCGCCAGGCGGUCUUGAACCAGCAAGCCGGUCCCAACAACGGCGGACUCGGAAUUGGCCGAAGCAUCCGACGUCUCUGGCUCUUCGUGCGUCUCUAUUUCUUCUGCUACAUGUUCAGCGAACCCGGCACUUGGACCCGGGUCCUGUUCGUAUCACUGGCCGUCCUCGCGGCCUUGCUCUCAGAAACCAGCUACCCACAGCAACUCUACCGGAUGCUCGUCGCGCCAGUCCAGCAGCACUUAGAAGGUCUGGUGCAUUUUGCCCCUGGCACGGAACCCGCCGCGGGAACCAAUAAUGCAAACCAGCCCGCAGCAGCAGCCGCCAGAGAUGGCGGCCGUGCUGGCCUCGCGGCAGACCUGCGUCACAACCUCCGCAGAGUGGAGCGGUCUCUGGCGCUGUUCAUUGCCAGCUUAGUGCCCGGUGUCGGUGAACGGCACGUGGAAGUGCGCAACGCAGCCGAGGCAGCUCGGAAUGCGGAGCGCACGCGAGAAGAAGAGGAACGUCGCCGGCGGGAGGAAGAAGCUGCCAACCCAGCGCAGGAUCAGCAGCCACAGCAGCAGCAGGAAGACGUCGAGCAAAGAACCGAAGAUCGUGACUCUGGUGCUCGGUCUGAACCGGCUCAGCAGAAUCUUACCACCGAGCAACCCGCGACUGCCACUACAUCGCAAGGAGAUGAGGACAGAGCGGUGUAAUCACUUGACAUUCUUUUUUUCUUAUUGUUUCCCUGCCAUUCAAAGUGAUAUCAUCUAUUGGGUUAUUAUUGUACAUAAUUUUUGAGGGUUAGAAGUGAGCGAUUGGGAUUAGCAUAGCACGUUUAUGAAAUCUGAUG